AUGGCGCGUCGGAAGGCUUCCGCGCUGAUGGCAGCGGUCGUCUUGGCUUUGCUGGCCUCGUAUUCUCCUUGCCUCUUUACUGCCCGUCAGCUGCCCGAAGACGAGCUGCCGUCGGGGUCGCUAGGAUUCGUGAACUUCCUCGGAGAGCUGUGGAGGGCUGCAGCAGAUGGACUCUUCAGCUUACU